UCAAACGCAAAAUUUACUGUCAUGGCACAAAAUACUAUUGAAACUCUGGUGGAACACUUUGGAUUUACUCCAAUUUCCGCCAUUGACGACGUUAUUAAUUCUGUAAAUGAUCUUCUUUAUACUGCGAUUAUGGGUCUAGAGCAGUUUGUUUUGUCAGAACUGAAUUCUAGCGAAGAGGUUGAUCAGGUUGAAACAUUGUUAGAAUCAUUGGUUGAUCAUCACUUUGAUAUGUUUGAAAUUUAUGCUCUGCGCAAUAUUUUUGCUAUACCCGACAAGUUAGAAAUCGUCUUACCACAUCGAGAGGGAAUGGAUUUUACUUUGGAUCAAGCCAAGGAAGAACGUGUUGAUCAGGAAUUAGAUGCAAUGCGGAAAAAAGUUUUGGCUAACUGA